AUGGUCAAACCCAAGAAGACUAAACUGCUCUCUACUCCUCCUAAGCCAAGGAAAAAGUUGGCACCUUCCUCCGGUGCUCAAAAGCCUGUCCCUCCACCAAAUCCUCAAUCCAAAUCAUCUGGUGGAGUAGAGAAGAGGAAGAAAGGUAAUCCUGAGAGAUUUUAUGUGGUAGCCACUGCAGAAGAAGAGGUUGAAUCUGAUGAAGCAGUGAGGGAAGUGAAGAAGACUUCUACUUCUUCUAGGGUAGUCAAGAAGCCACCAUCUGGUGAAGGUAAUUACACUAUUGUGCCCCCCAUCACAUUAAGUCAGAUUGUUGAUAUAGUAGUGAGGGAAGGGAAUCUAAAGCAUUUAUCAGAAUGUGGGUGGCGCUCAAGUGGCAGCCUGGUGGCACCCCGGUGGCUGGGCGGUGGUCAACCAGAAAGAAACACCAGGGGGGCCAGCGGUGGGGAGGGGGCCGCUAGGGCGGCGGGCUGCAGGAGGCGGCCGAGGAGCGAAGCCAGGGCAGCAGAGGAGGCCGGGCUGGGCGAGGGCCACUGGGGUAGCGGGUCGUGGUGGGGCAGCGCUGCAGGCAGCAGCCGGGGAGUAGGGCGGCGCUGCAGGCAACAGUCAGGGAGCGGAGCGAUAAUUGGGAGAUGCAGCAGCGGAGGCGACGGGGAGGCGGGCCGAUGGCUGAACACGUUGCGGCAUGGAGGAGCUAGUGGUGGAGCCGCUAGGCCGCCGGCGGUCGCAGAGAGGCCGGAAGGGGGCGCUAUCAGAGGGAAGCUGGUCGGUAGGGGCCAGGGAAACGAGGGUCGGUGGGGGCCAGAGGGGCCACCGGCGGGGGCCGCAGAGGCCGGACUGACAGGCUCGGCAGUGGGUGGCACUCCGGUGGCAGCCUGGUGGCUGGGCGGUGGUUGGCCGAAAAGAAACAUCGGGAGGGGGGGGGGGGGGCUAGCGGUGGGGCAGGGGUCGUCAAGGCGGCGAGCUGCAGGAGGCAGCCGGGGAGCAGAGCCAGGGCAGUGGAGGAGGUCGGGCUGGGUGGGGGUCGUUGGGGCGGUGGGCUGUGGCGGGGCGGUGCUGCAUGCGGCGGUCAGGGAGCGGGGCGGCACUGCAAGCAACGAUCGGGGUUUGGGGCGGCGUUGCAGGUGGUGGUCGGGGAGCGGAGAGAUGGCUGGCAGCUGCAAUAGCGACGGCGACGAGGAGGCGGGCCGGUGGCUAAACACGUUGUGGCACGGAGGAGGCAGUGGUGGAGCCGGGCGAAGCCGCUGGGCCGCCGACGGUCGCAGAGAGGCCAGAAGGGGGCGCUGUCGGAGGGAAGCUGGUCGGCGGGGGCUGGGGAAACGAGGGUCGACGGGGUCGGAGGGGCCGCCGGCGGGGGCCGUAGAGGCUGGACUGAUAGGUCCGGCAGGCCUGUCAAUCCGUUACCCACAAACCUAA